UUCCGCCCCGGCGGAAGCCUGGGGAGCGCAUCCCAGGAGAGCGCGGGUCCCGGGUCUUCCCCUGCGGAGCCGGCUGUGAGCUGAGGGAGACCUGAGCCUUGGCGCUAGGAUGGGAAACAGUGCCAUCCGCGCUCAUGUGGAAACCGCGCAGAAAACUGGUGUCUUUCAGCUUAAGGACCGUGGGCUGACCGAGUUCCCCUCAGAGUUGCAGAAGCUGACAAGCAAUCUCAGGACCAUCGACUUGUCCAACAACAAGAUCGAGAGUCUACCGCCUAUGAUUAUAGGGAAGUUCACUCUGCUGAAGAGCCUGUCCUUGAACAACAACAAACUGACUGUCCUUCCUGAUGAGUUAUGCAAUCUGAAAAAACUAGAGACACUAAGCCUAAACAACAAUCAGUUGAGAGAGCUGCCAUCUACUUUUGGGCAACUAUCUGCCCUUAAGACCCUGAGCCUCUCUGGGAACCAGCUGAGAGCACUACCACCCCAACUUUGUAACCUACGGCACCUGGAUGUAGUGGAUCUCUCCAAGAACCAAAUUCGGAGUAUACCUGACACAGUGCGGGAGCUGCAGGUCAUCGAACUCAACCUCAACCAGAACCAGAUAGCUCAGAUCUCAGUGAAGAUAUCUUGCUGUCCUCGCCUUAAAGUUCUUCGUUUGGAGGAGAAUUGUCUUGAGCUCAGUAUGCUUCCACAGAGCAUCCUCAGUGAUUCCCAGAUCUGUCUGCUUGCUGUAGAAGGCAACCUUUUUGAAAUAAAGAAACUUCGAGAACUGGAAGGCUACGAUAAGUACAUGGAGAGGUUCACAGCCACCAAGAAGAAGUUUGCAUGAUGUUCUCCAGGAGCAUGUGAACCAUACAGGACACUGACUUGGAACCUGUUGCAAUCCGGCUGAAUGAAAGGCUCCUGUUGUUGUCAAGGAUAUCUGCAGUGAGGAGGUGAUAUUCCAGGAGGUUAUAUUUCACUCAAUGAUCUUUUUCCUUUCCAGGGCUCAUCUCAAAUAAGCUAAAGGGAAUCAAACACAGGAAGAGUUCUCCAUUUUGAGUCAUGGAUAGGGCAAAGGACAAUGUUGAUCUUCAAAACCAUCAUUUGUUUGGCUUUGAGAAACCCAGUAGCUAGUUGCUAUGUAUACAGUGAGGGGAUGCUGCCUGGUACCAGAAUAGCUCCACACAACAGCUUGAAAUUUCAUGUGUCUCAAUGUGCGAGCUUUCAGAAAAUCAGUUGCCAUUCCACCCUGUGUUAACACUUCAUAUUUUUAUGAAAUUCAAAUAAUUCAUGAGAGCCUCAUGAGAGGCUGCUAUGGUUAAUCUAAGGAUUUAUGAUUUUACUCCAGUCCAUUAGUUCAAUUGCAAUGUUUAUACUUGGAAUUUAGGAUGUACAUAAAGGUAUGACUCUUGAUUAAAAGUGUACUUUGUGAGAGAAGCAACAACACAACACUGAGAGGUGUUCCCAAGGCUGCAGUAGCAAUUUUUUUUUUUACUAUUGCAGGUGCCUUAUUGAUAGAGGGCUCUGAAGAGCUAAAACUGUAUGCAAAACUUGUAAGAUACAAGGGUUUUAAUAAUCAAGAUUUUCCUGAAGCUUUGUUAGAAACAGUCUCUUAUUUCUGGUCAUCUUUUUGUAUUUACAACUCUAAUAAUCAAAUUACCUAUCAAAAAACUACUGUUAGGGUAUUUUACAACAACUUAUGUUUAUCAAAUUUAUUCUCUGAAUGAGAGAAUAUACUAAAUAAAGAUUUAAUGACUAUGGCUGGAAGAAAGGUUAAUCCUUUAAAGUAAGACAGGGGAACUUUAACCUGUAAAUGGCCCUUUGUUUGAAAGUAAACUGAUAAGGAAGAAAUGUUUUAUGUUCUUGUUCAGGUUGCAAGAGUACUGAAAUGCCUUCAUGUGACUGAUAAAUAUUUUUGUGGUACUGGAAACCGUGCUUAUUAAGACAAACUGAAGCUAUAAAAGUAGAUUAUUUCAGACUGUUACUGGCAUGAAAAUUUAGAAAGCUACAACUCUGCGUUUUCUGAUGUUUUGUCUUAGCCAAGGGGCUGUUAUUUACCAUGUAUUGUUAGUUCUCAUUUUGCAAACCUAGUUUAACCAUUAAGUCAAGAGAUCACAAGAGCCUAGUGUUUAUAUGAGGAAAGUCUCUCUGACCUUAAAUCUGGUCUAGGGGUUCUCUUUUUCCUAUGUUAUUCUCUGUUUCUCAACUGGGGAGGGAUGGGGGUGCCAGUUUACAUUACCAAUUGAGUUUUGUUUUUUAUAAACUUUAAUGCUUAAUCUUAUUGAUCUACUGAACAUUUCUCUAUUUUAUCAGUACUUAUCUAAUAAAUCAGAACUUAUAAAUUAAAUAACUUAAAUGUCCCAAGACAUUUAAUUAUUAAUGGGAGUUUUAAAAAUCCCUACCCUUAUGAGAAUCCCCUUAUGAUGGUUAACUUUCACAACUUGGACCCAGCCUUAUUUCCAGAUACCCUCUCUUCACUCUCAUUCACUUGCCCAGUCUUAGCAGGUUAUUCUGCUCCUUAAACCCACAGUGCAAUGUCUCUCUCCUUUAACUGUCUUUACAUUGUUUGCUCAGUCAGGAAUGCCCUCUUACCAACAUGCUCCUUUUCUAUGUCUAAGCCCCUUCCUGAGACGUCUAAGCCGAAUUAACUGCUCCAUCUGUUACGGCAGCAUUUCUCACAUUCUAUAUUCAUCUGCCUCUUGCUAGACUGAGCUACUUGAGGGCAGGGAUUAAGUAAAGUAAUAUGCCCAAAGAUAUAGUACACAAGUAUUUAGACUUAAAUAUGAGCUAAUAAAGUAGGUUGACUUGAGGUCUGGAGACUGAGAUUUUAGUGGCCACCAGCUGUAAAUCACCUACCUUCUUUUAGAGCUUGGUUAGAAGUCAGUGUAGUAUACUGAGUAAGAACAUAGGCCUUGGAGUCAGAAAGAUCCUGAUUUGAAUCCAAAGUCCAUCAUUUACUAGCUUUAUUUGAGCAACUUACUCUCAUCCAUAAUAUGGGGAACACCUCCUACCUCUCAUGUAUGUUAUGAGGAUUUGGUGAAAAGAUACAGAAAAGCAUUUAGAAUAGUGCCUAUGACAGAGUAAGCACUCAAUAAAUGGUGCUAUUUAUUUCACCUGUAAAACAUUAAAAUAGAAUUUAGCAAGUUGUACAGAAAUGGAAGGCUUGGAGCAAACACUACAUUAGGAUGAAAAACAAAUGAGUAGAGAAUAAGGAACCUGAAUAUCAAUCUGAGAACUAUAACUAUGCUUAGGAAUGUAACUGGGAUAACUUAGGAUUUUAGUAAGAGAGUAACCUAAAGAAUAGCAUUUAAAGAAACUAAUUCUAAGAGCAAUUGAGUAUAGGAUGUCUGGGAAGUAGAAGUUUAAGUUAAGGGGAGAUUCCUAAUCCAUACAUGACAUGAAAAGAUCUAGAGUUGAAAUGUGGUAAACAAAGGGUGAAUUAAAACUGUGAAAGAAGAAAAAAACAGGGACAACUAUAGGGGAUAAAGAUCACUGUCAUUAUAAGACCGGAAACCUGAAGAGGGAGCUUAUUGUUAAAAAAAAAUUAAGUUCAGUGGAGGAUACUGUUUAACUCCUUAAUUAUAGGUCAGUUUUAUGCUCAAGGUCACAAAACUAGUAAAUGAUUGAACCAAAACUUGAACACAGAUGGUCAGACUCCAGAGCUUGUGCUAACCACCUCAGUUACUACCUUUCAAAAGUAACAGAAACAAGUUUCCAGACAGUGUCACAGGAGAAGACUUUUAAGUCAACAGCUUCUAUUUCUAGUGUAUCAUGAGCCUAAGUUCUAGGUCCUCAUUCCUCUUUUCUCAGUAGCAGAAGCUUUGAAAAAGUAUGUAACCUGGGAUCCAUGGAUGGGCUUUCAAGACCCAUUUAUGCGUGAUUCACGUGUGUGUGUUUGUGUGUCUAUUUCUCUGGAGAGAUAGGCUGUGUUGUCUUUCAUCAAAUUCACGAAGAGAUCCUUGACCCAAAAAGAGCUCCACUCUAGAGAGAAUAGCAGCUAUCGUUUAAUAAGCUCUUACAUUUGUUGGGCACUGCUCUACGUGCUUUACCUGCAUUACCACAUUAAGUCUUCGCAGCAACUCUAUGAGGUAGGAAUCAUUAAUCCCACUUUACGCACAAGGAAACUGGGGCACAGAAAUGGUUUUAUAGUCAUUCAGCCAGCAAGUGGCAGAGCUAGAGUGUAAAUCCAGACACACUGGACACACUGUGUGCCUUAGCUCACUUCUAACCAAUUAUACUGUUGGAACAGCAUACUGGUAUCUUCAGAACUAUUUCCUUUAGCCAUAAUAGUGUAAAAAAAAAUUUUUUUUAACGCUUUUAGGAAGGACAUUUAAGUAUAGAACAGCCCCCAGUGUUUUAUACCUUCUUAUUUUACACAUUUACUACCACCUGCCAAACUACUCCUUUUUGGCGUGUGGCAUUUCUAUUACUGAGGGCCUAAUUAAAUCUCACUAUAAAUAUUUUCCUUUUCAGCCUUUGAAAGUUCCCAUGUUAACUCUAUCUCCUCCAGUAAGUGGGUUGCAGUUUUCACUCAUAAACACUUUCAGUCGCUAGUGUAUUUAACCUCAAAUGAAUAAAAGACUAGUAAUGAUUAAAAUGAACCUCAUGACAAAUCAUAGCGGGGAAAAGUCCUAUAUUUCCAAUAAAAAUGGGAAAGGUGCUAAUAAAGUCAGCUCUUUGUUGGAGUGCCUUUUGAUUUAUGCAUCUUUGCUCGAUUCAGUUUGUCAAAUAAGAGCUGACAAAAUUAUUGCUUUCCACCCCCCAAAAA